GGCGCACGGGACCCGGCCGUGGCACGGGUGGGGGCAGAGAGGCUUAGUUCUGUCCGUUCUCUGGCAGAACGAGCCUGGCACUUCUCCUCGGGCUGUUGGUUGAGUUCCUCUCGCCCGAAGUGUUGUGGGGGACGACGUGUCGGCGAGAAGAGAGGGUGUGCAGAGAUGAGAACAAGGGGCAGUGGGGCGAUAGCCGAGGAGGGGCGCGCCCUCGGGUGCAGGUGAAAUAACUACGGCUGGGGGCCCUGCCAGUUGUAGCGAGCCAGUUUACCAAAGUAGAGUCCAUGCUGCCGCCCCUGUGGCCUGGUUCGCUCCACGAACCGAGAGGAGCUCGGAUCAGGGCUGGGUAGGCGCUGAGCCCGGGCUGCUGAGUUGUCUGGGUUCCCGCAGUCCCUGGAGUGACAUUGACCUGGCUUUGUGUUUCCACUCCCUGGCCGCUUGAGGGGGAAGUGACCAAGGCUGCUUUCUCCUUGAACGGUGGUGACUAAGGCUCAGGUCCUCUACCACCGGGUGGGAAUGAGAUUUUUUCCCUUGCAGUUCUGCUCACUUUUAUUCUUGGACUGCAUAAAAGUGUUUAGAAAUGAGUUCUGUUAGUUGUGGGAAAUUAUAAUUGUACGAAAGAAAUUAGUCCCAGCUUUCGCUUAUUGAGCAAGACUAUCUCCCAGCCUAGAAAUUAGCCUUAAAGAGCAUGUCUUUUAUCUACAUUAUUUGAUUUUCAUCCGACGUUUCUUGAGUUGAUCUGUUCAGCUAGUAUUCCAAAUUCAAGAGAACUGCAGUAGUAGAGAACGGGUGUGACGAGACUGUAGAUAGCUGUAGUGGUAUAGGCGUUUUGAAUCAAGAUCACGGUGGGUUGGAUGAGUGAGAAGGGAGGAAAUUGUGAGGUAGCAGACUGUUCUUUCAAGGUGUUUUGUGGGAAAGGGAGCAUUUGGACGUGUAUGGUUAAUAUCUCCGCUGACAUCUCCAGUGAAUACUGAAUUGCUGAGGAAUUUGGGAAAAGACAGCUGAAGUUUCCGUUCCAUGGAUCCCCUGGGUGCACCUUCCCAGUUUGUGGAUGUGGAUACACUACCAAGUUGGGGUGACUCAUGUGAAGAUGAAUUAGAUUCUUCUGACACUGCAGCUGAAAAAUCACAGGAAGACAUUAUUAGAUCACCUUUUCCUUAUAAUAAGGAUAUCAGCGGAAAAGUGGUUCUUUGGAAAGGAGAUGUGGCAAUACUAAACUGUACAGCCAUUGUAAAUACCAGCAAUGAGAGUCUCACUGAUAAGAAUCCUGUGUCAGAAAGUAUCUUCAUGCUCGCAGGGCCAGAUUUGAAGGAGGACCUCCAGAAACUUAAAGGUUGCCGGACAGGUGAAGCAAAAUUGACCAAAGGAUUUAAUCUAGCUGCCCGGUUCAUCAUUCACACAGUGGGACCUAAGUACAAGAGCCGCUACCGCACAGCAGCAGAGAGCUCCCUGUACAGCUGCUACAGAAAUGUGCUUCAGCUGGCAAAAGAACAGUCAAUGUCUUCUGUUGGAUUCUGUGUCAUAAAUUCUGCAAAACGAGGUUAUCCUUUAGAGGAUGCAACACACAUAGCACUUCGUACUGUAAGGAGAUUUCUAGAGAUUCACGGGGAGACCAUUGAAAAAGUAGUGUUUGCCGUCUCUGAACUUGAAGAGGCUACCUACCAAAAGCUGCUACCUCUGUAUUUCCCAAGAUCAUUGAAGGAGGAGAGUCAGUCGUUGGCGUACCUUCCUGCAGAUAUUGGAAAUGCAGAAGGGGAGCCCGUGGUACCUGAGCGGCAGAUUAGGAUAAGUGAAAAACCUGGUGCUCCAGAGGACAGCCAAGAAGAGGAAGAUGAAGGCUUGGGAGUUGAUCUCUCUUUCAUUGGCUCUCAUGCUUUUGCUCGAAUGGAAGGAGAUAUUGAUAAGCAAAGAAGAUUGAUCCUUCAGGGACAGUUAUCAGAGGCAGCCCUACAGAAGCAGCAUCAAAGAAAUUAUAAUCGCUGGUUAUGUCAAGCAAGAUCUGAGGAUCUAUCUGAUAUUGCUUCUCUAAAAGCCUUAUACCAAACAGGUGUUGAUAACUGUGGUCGCACAGUGAUGGUGGUAGUUGGAAGAAACAUUCCUGUAACAUUAAUAGAUAUGGACAAGGCACUCCUGUAUUUUAUCCAUGUAAUGGAUCACAUUGCUGUGAAGGAAUAUGUAUUAGUAUAUUUUCACACACUGACCAGUGAAUACAAUCACCUAGACUCUGAUUUCCUGAAGAAACUCUACGAUGUUGUUGAUAUCAAGUACAAAAGGAAUCUGAAAGCUGUAUAUUUUGUUCAUCCGACAUUUCGUUCAAAGGUGUCAACAUGGUUUUUCACCACCUUUUCUGUCUCAGGACUGAAGGACAAAAUCCACCAUGUGGACAGCCUCCACCAGCUGUUUUCUGCCAUCUCUCCAGAACAGAUCGACUUUCCUCCUUUCGUCCUUGAAUACGAUGCCAGGGAAAACGGGCCUUACUAUACACCUUAUCCCCCAUCACCAGAUUUGUGACCUACCAUCCUUCAGUGCUGCUGGUUUCCAAGAAUGCCACUUUCUCCACGACUCGCUACCUAUUGAAGUGAUAUUCGUUUUUGCUGUACAGAUCCAGAGAGUCUUUUGUCCCCGCCUCUCUGGUAUUUUUUUAUUGACUGUAUAUUUUCUGGCACAUAAGCAGUCUAAAAAUGGUAGGCCACUUGGAACUACACAGUUAUUUUAAAUUUGUAUAUUUGUAUCAAAUGGAAAUGUUCAUUUUUAGAAAGUUGUUAAUAGAAUUGGGGAGCAACUUUUGAGUAUCUUCAGUUUCCUGAAAAGACACUGGAUUCUCCAUUAGACAAGCCACCACAAUUGUUCGCAUCAUCUCAUUAACAUUGCACGCUUCUCUUGUGUACUGAAGUAUUUCUCAAAAUACAUAGAAUCAGUGUGCGCUGACCAGAUGCAUCAUUUCCUUCAGAUCCUGGUGUUAAUACCACUUACAUUUUAUACAGAUAAUUUGGUUAUGAUAAAAGAGAAUUGUCUGGGACCAAGAAUGUGGAAAUGUAUCUGACUGAUCAAAAAAAGCAAAAUUGUUACCAAAUAUAGGACCUGGAAUUUUACAGCACCAGUCUUAGUUCCUUGAAUUGUAUGAUUUGUUAAGAUUGCCACUGUUCUUGUCCGAAUAAUGGGGGAGAAUAAGAAGGCUGUAUCUUCAGCCUUUGUCCUGUCACCAUGGGGGACUUGGUAUCCUUAUUCAAAAGGGCUGCACAUACUAGUGCUCUUAAGUGAAGAGCUUCUUCCAGGACUCCAUCAGAGGACCAUUAAAGAGUGUGCUGUCUUCCCA